AUGUUUAUCGGAAGACUAAAUUUAUUAUCGAAAUCACAUUUAAGUGGGCGUGUAAUUCAACCAGUGUGCUUCUUAUCCGGUCAAAACAAUAAACUUGGCCUGGGCCAGCGAGAUGACGCCGGCUGGCGGGACGUAGUUUCCGAGGCUGAACAAAUCGUCGGCUACCCGACAUCCUUCCUAAAUCUACGUUGGCUCUUCAAUGACGAGAUCGCCAAUACCGCGAUACAUUUGCGUAAAUUGGUUGGCACGAACCAUCCACUUUUAAAAUCCGCCAAGAACCUCCUCAUUGGCUCGAAAAGCAACUUGCAGUCAGUUGGUCUCAUCAUCCUACUGGUCUCCAAAGCAGCUGGUUUCGAUGCAAAUUAUUACAAUAGAGAUCAUUAUGAUUCCGGGGUGCUACAUGCGCAGAGAGCCUUGGCGGAGAUUGUAGAGAUGAAGAGGACUGGUCAUAUGAUACACAAGGCUAUGGUGAAUCUUCAGGACAAAGAGAAACACAAGGAGAAAGUCAAGGACUUGCUAUAUGGGAAUAAGAUUGUUUUGUUGACUGGCGACUUUUUAUUAGCUAAAUGCCUUCAGCAGUUGGGUGGUCUUCGCAAUAAUGCUGUGACUGAGCUGAUCUCGACUGGUCUAAGGGAUUUAGUCGAAGGAGAUUUCUUUGGGGAGCACGAUGACAAUAAUAAUCCGAUACCGACACAACCAAAAGCUACUAACAAAUUUGAAACGCAUUACAAAUGGGAGACCGAAGACAACUUGGAAAAACUUGGCUCCAAUGACUUCCUCGGUCACGGAAAAGACGAGUGGACACUCCGCACGAUGCUCACGUCUGGCAGUCUACUUGGCAAAGGCUGCCAGGCGGCGACGAAGCUGGCUCAUCUCGGGGAAGACGCCGAAAGGAAUGCUUACAUUUUGGGCGGCCAUUUGGCUAUAAUGUGGCAACUAUAUUUAGACGUUAAAGACUUUUUCACCCACCCGUAUUCAUACUCUCUGGUUGGUGCUCCAGUGAUCUUUGCCAUUUGGGAAUACCCAACUAUUUACGGUCACAUCUUGGAGUCGAAGUUGGAAAGGAAGCCCGUGGAAUACAAGCAGUUGUAUUACGCUGUAAGAAGUACAAGGUCUUUGGAGUAUCUGUGCGUGUUCUUUGAGGAAGAACUGGCUUCAGUUUUUAAGUGUAGCGAGCGGUUCCCGGUGGAUGACGCUAGGGUCGCGCUGCAGAAGAUGGCGGUGACGAUAAGAGAUGAGGCCAUGGGUUAUAUUGAAAAGUGA